AUGGAGUGGCCAACAUACAGGAACUCGUUAGAAGAGUACCACAGACGAAGUACAGAGAAGAAAGAGUUUGAGCAAUGGUUACAGUCCAAUCUUUCUGGCAUCAUUGACAAGAUCACUUUACCCGUGGAUGAAGAUGGAUUUCGUCAUCUUGAUAUCGGAUCAGGCGAUGGAGACAUGUGCUGCAAGCUGGUCGAUAUCAUCUUAAACCACCACCAUAGUGUUAUCUGCAGGAGCGUCGAACCAAUCGCUGAGGAGAUUGAGAAAUUCAGAGAAUUGGUAAAAAAACAAACUCGUGCAAAUGCCACAUUUGACAUGAGACAGGAAACUACGGAAGAAUACGAGAAACGACCCGAGGUUGUUGUAGAAUGUCUAUUUCAUCUUGUUACGAUUUUGCAAAUGAUCGUUGCGGUGGAUGAUUUGGAAAAGACGAUUAUGCAUCACUAUGAAAACGAGAUGGGAAAAGGAUCGGCCAUGAUAAUUUCACUUAUAUCAGACAAAUCACCCGAUUUAAUAUCAGCGGUGGACGCUAGCCAUGGAUUCAAAUGGUCAUCUGCAGACGUCCGUAGAAUGUUACAAGAGAAAGAUCUCCAUUAUACGGAACAAUUCGUCCCUUACACAGUGGAUAUCACGCAGUGUUUCGAUGAGACUAGCCUGAAGGGGGCGCUGUUAAUGGAGAUGUUAACUAUUACGCCCGGUUUCCGCGAAUGCGUCAGUAAAGAAAAACAAAAAACAAUCCUCGAUAUACUUAAGUCAAAGUCAUUUAAAGAUGGUGAUGACAUUUUAGCGAAAUACGGUUUUGAUGUGUAUAUUGUGUUUAAAACUUGA